AUGAGCCCAUGACUCGUGAGUCUGUCUGACUGUCCCAAACUCCCACUCCAGAUCUUGGUCUAGUUUGUCCACUCUUUCUAUAUAUAUUUCCACCCACACCCCCGCAAAAAAAAAAAAAAAAAACAUUUCUUGAAACACAAACUAUUUCAUUUUCUCCAAUCUAACUUAUUACAUGCCCAUAUUAAAGAUGUACAAAACACCACAAGUUUUGUACUAUUUCAUCACCAUUAUCAUCAUAAGUACUUUUGUGUUUUUAUGGGGAGGUGUAAGUGCCUCUAAACAUGAAGAUAUAGGGAUUUAUGAGCUCAACAAUGGCCAUUUCUCUAUCAAACUCACUAAUUGGGGUGCCACUAUUAUCUCUGUUUUUCUUCCUGAUAAGAAUGGAAAGUUUGGAGAUGUGGUUCUCGGAUACGAGUCUGUCGAUGCAUACAAGAAUGAUACCACAUACUUUGGAGGCAUCGUUGGACGGGUUGCUAACCGGAUAGGCGGAGCUCAAUUUACGUUAAAUGGAACCCUUUAUAAGUUAGAUGCUAACGAGAAAACCAACAUGCUUCAUGGAGGGCAUCGCGGAUUUAGUGAUGUAGUUUGGAAGGUCACAGAGUAUACAAAAGACGGCGAAUCUCCUCGUAUUACGUUCACAUACCAUAGUUUUGAUGGCGAAGAAGGAUUUCCCGGAGAUCUCAAAGUAAUGGUGACCUAUUCACUAGUUGGUAAGUAUAAACUAGGUGUAAAAAUGGAAGCAAAAGCCCAAAACAAGGCCACGCCCGUGAAUCUAGCCCAACACACUUAUUGGAACCUUGGAGGCCAUAAAAGUGGCGAUAUCUUGUCCGAAAAGAUUCAAAUAUUUGGAUCCAAAAUCACACCAACAAACGACCAACUCAUUCCCACUGGGAAAAUCGUUUCGGUUAAGGGCACCCCAUAUGAUCUUCUGAAACCGUAUGUCAUAAAAAGCAAGAUCAACGGACUUCCUCAUGGCUACGACAUAAAUUAUGUGUUAGAUGGUGAAAAGGGUAAGAAAAUGAAGGUCGCGGCCAUUGUAUGGGAUGAAAAGUCCGGUAGAUCAAUGAAAUUGACUACAGAUGCUCCCGGUGUACAGUUUUACACCGGGAAUUAUAUAGAGAAUGUGAAGGGAAAAGAUGGGUGCGUUUAUGAAGCGCACGCUGGAUUGUGUUUGGAGACACAAGGGUUUCCUGAUUCGGUUAACCAUCCUAAUUUCCCUUCGCAAAUUGUUAAUCCGGGCCAAAUUUACAAACAUCGUAUGUUGUUCUCGUUUUCAAUAAAACAUUAAGUAGUUCGAAAGAUUUAGGAUCGAAUAAUAUAUUUGUUUCGUGUAUGAGCUUUUGUUUGUCAAUAAAUAUGUUGUUUGUUAACGUGAUUGUUCAUAAUGGAAGUAUGAUUCAUUCAUGA